AAGCGCCAUCUUAGUUAUUGCAUCCAACUAACGACAUGUUAUCAGUUUAUGUAUGUCAACCCGUUUAACCAGAGGUUAAAAAUAAAUACAAUAUAAUCUAUUUCGUAAAAGUGUAACAAAACCGAAGGCAGAUAAAAUUAACCCUCUAUUAUUCAGAAUGGCAUGUCGUGUAUUUUCUGUGAUACGCACUAAUAAUGAUAUUAAAAAGUGUUUUAGUUUAACGAAAAGAUUUGCUGCUGGAGGUUCAAGUAAAACUAGUCAAGGAAAUGAAACAAGUUUAACAUUACCUAAAAAUAAUGAGGAGACAUUUAUGGAGAAAGAUGAAGUGUUGUAUAGGGAUGCUAUGAAAGCUACAGUUACAGUAUCUUCGGUAGAAGAUGUUGGAUUGGUCUCAGGUGUUCCGGAAGAUCAUAUAAAAACUCGUAAAGUUCGUAUUUUUUGCCCUCCAAAAAAUGCUAUGCAAUCUGGAACAAACAAUAUUCAUUUUUGGCAAAUAGACUUUGAUACUCGCGAACGUUGGGAAAAUUCCCUGAUAGGAUGGACAUCGACAGGUGAUCCUAUGUCCAAUCUCAAGGUGGAAUUUGCUACAGAACAGGAAGCCAUUGCACACUGUGAAAAAAUGGGAUGGGACUAUUAUAUUCAGAAACCAAACGUUAACAAUCCUAAGCCACGUAACUAUGGCUCUAAUUUUGCAUGGAAUAAGCGUACUAGAGUAUCGACUAAAUAAAAAAUGAUUUGUUAGGGAAGGAUAACUAUAGCUCUGUAUAUAGCUCUAUAUAUUUAAUUGUUCUUGUAUGUAAGAUAUUAAGCGGUAAAUAAAUUUUUACAAGAACAUA